CUCCUCGAGUGCGGGUGGCUGUUAGAAAACGGGCGCGUGGAAGAACGAAGGGAUAAAAAUUGAUUUUUUCGCUCUCGGGCUAGGUAUUAGUUGCUCUCUCUGGGCAAAGAAUCGGAAUAUUCGGCAACAGGACACCACGAGCAGGCAUUUGGGAAGUUGAAAAGUUUAGUCCAUGUCCCGUCGUUCGUGUGCAUAGUGCUCUGCUCCUCGAGCCUACCUAAGGUCGGGGAAAACUGUUACGAUCCUUGCAUUUUUUUUCCACCUUCAUUGGGUGUGUUUGUGUAUGCGAAGUGCAUAGAAGAGUGCAGUUUGGGAAGAUUUUCCACGGCUGUUUUGUGUGAAACCUCCGUCGCGAUAUCGGAUUGGCUCUGUGACGAAUAAAUAGUUGAGAAACUCGUUACAGGAUAGCAAAUACUGAGCAAAGUAUGGACGUGCUACUGGAUGAGGUGGAAUCGCUGGAAGCGAUUUUGAUGGACGAUGUGCAGAUAACAAAAAACGCCAGUGGAUUUCCGGAGCUGAUCGAAACGACUGUAUUCCCGACGGUCGGGGAAGAGCUGGACUCGCAGUAUGUCUGCAUUACGCUGCAGGUGCUACCCCCGGUCGGUUACCCGGACGUGCGGCCCAACAUUAAGCUGAAAAACCCACGGGGACUGGACGAUCGCAUCAUCGGGCUGAUAGAACGCGCCGUGCAGCAGAAGCUUUCGGAAGCCGUCGGCCAACCGGUCGUGUUCGAUCUGAUCGACAUCAUCCGGGAGCAUCUGACGGAGAGUAAUCUCCCGUCCGGCCAGUGCGUGAUCUGCCUGUACGGGUUCCUCGAGGGGGACGAGUUCACAAAGACCGUUUGCUAUCACUACCUGCACAGUCACUGCCUCGCGUGCCACAUCAAUGCGUCGCGCCGGAACUACGAGGAGGAGCUGGCAAAGCUACCCAUCUGGAAGCAGAAGGAAACGAAAGCAUUUCAGGCCCAGUGCCCGGUGUGCCGGGAGCCGAUCGAAGUGGAUGUGGAGCCGUUGAUGCGCUGCCGGCCGCCUGCGGAACGUGAAAAUGCCCCCCGGUUCCAGCUGACGGACGAGCUGAAGUCGCUGCAGGCGCAAAUGAAUCGACUUUUUAUGCAUCAGAAGCGUCGCGGCGGUAUUAUCGAUUUGGAUGCCGAGGAGAGCAAUGUGAUUGCGAUCGAAACGGAACCUCCGAAUGGCGAGGUGGGUAAAAGCACGAACGAGAUUUCUAGCACAACUACCGUGACAGAGGCGCAUCCGCCCAUGCGAAAUGCGCCAGGACAAACCGCAUCAAAUCACCACGGUAAAAAGCACGCUCCAAUUCAGCAACAAAAUAAAGGCCCUUCCGGUUCGAAGGGGGCGCAUCAAAAUGGGCGCCAUCGGAAUGCAUCGAAAAAUGCUCUACCUAACGGAACUGAUCUGUCAGUGGAAGAUCUGGACGCAUGCUCCGAUCCGGCUUGUACUGGCGCGCAGAGCGACCACCAUCGCAGCGGUGGACAUCGCAAUCGGCGUCACAAUAAUCAGCAUCAUAAUCAUCGCCAUCAACGGCACCAGCAUCAUCAUCACCAUCAUCACCACCAGGGUCGUGGUGCGAAUGGUGGUGCGGCCGGUGGAGCGGGUGCUGGUGGUGGGAGUGGCGCUAGCGGUGGUGCAUCUUCGUCGGCGGGAGGAGCAGCAAAAAAUUUAACUGGCCCUUGUGCUUCCGACGCCAGGUGACAAUUGAUGCCCCCGGAACACGUCAGUCUAAUGCAGUCCAGUCCAAUAUUCCUCUGCCACCACCGAACAGUAGGACCGGAGUGUCUGCAUGACGAUAGACAUUACCACGCACAUCAGCCACCGCAUCACCAGUCGCACCGUGGCCUACUUCUCCAGCAUCAUCAGCAUCCUCUGACGCAGCUCCAGGAUAGCCACGCCAUGCGGCCACUGCUACUGAUAUAACAUUUAAUCCAUCGCAAACGUAAGCCGAUUCUUGUCAAACUCGUAACAACUCUUCGUAAAACAAUAAUCUACCGUACGCAUACUCAUCGUAGCCGCGUCGGCAUAACUGCCGGCCAUCGUAGAAAGUCCGAUCGAUGUCACCUUCUCUUAGUGUUGGGUUUCCUGUGCACAGCCGAUCGAUCGAUCGAUAGGAUUCCUCUGUUUUUCCAUCGUUGUAGUACAGCUACUAGUAUUCAAAGGCAUCGAAACGAACGGAGGCCGUUCAUGGUCAAUUAUCCUGUCAUGAACGCACUGAGUGUCGUUUGUAAACGACGACUGAAACAAACCCAUCACAGUAGGCAAAGGCAAAGCAGGAAAAGCUCGCGGUGGAGGUUAGACAGUGCCUACUGUGAACAGAACUACCGAUGGGUUCAGGCGGUAGGAAGGACGAAAUACUGCUUCGAAAAUGUGCUGCCACACUUCCUAUCACGAAUGGUCGUGGUUACUUUAAGGUCGUUUUUGCAGUUACAAACCGAAUUCCAUGAAUCCACCUCAUAUUUGCCCAAUAACAUGCACCUUGUUAGGGCUCGCAUCGGUGUGGCACCUUUACUUUCAUUACUCUGACAACAGGUAUGCACUUUCUUCCACGCGAUCGAAUGCUUGCAGCUCCAAUUUAUUUUCCUUCUUCUUCGGUCGUUUGGCGAAAUUGCGACCCUUUUAGCGAGACUACCUUCUGGGCUAACCCUUGUUUCGAAGUCGUGACUUUAGUUUCUUCGAUUAGUUCGGUGUAAGGUUUACCGUGUCGAAGGGCACAACGAAUGGUCAGUCAAGUGUUCCGAACGGCACACUGGUGGCUGGUCCAGAACCACUUGACGCAGGUCAGGGAGUUAGAUAUAGCUUUAUAUUUAUUUAAUUUUAAAACCGAUUUACCUACAGACAACCGUGUUCCGUUGGGGGAAAAGGGGCAUGUGGGACGUGAGCCCAGUUGUGUGCCAGUGGAGUGUACUUACUUUAAAACGCGUUAGUUAAGCAUUAACCUAAGUUGGAACGUACAAAACCUUGCGAGGGAGCGCAAUAAAAUCCGUGAAAGGAAAGUGUAGCGAUGGUAGGCAGGAGGGAAUAUAGGAAACGGUUGGUCCAUUCCGUCAGUAGACGGAAUAUGGCCCUGUGUAUAUUAUGAUUAUAAUAUAGUUUGGUAGAACACGACGCAGACAAAGACAACUGGGAUAUUUAUUUUUAAUCUCUACAGCAGCUAGUUACGUGGUAUUCUUUCAUAGCAAUAUAUCGGAGUAAGCUGAUCACUUGAUAUUUGUUUGGCGAAGUUACACACACGAUAAGGAAGAAAAAGGAUACUUUCUUGCGCCCAAUCGAACGAUGCAGAAGUAGUGCAGUGCAAUAAGGUAAUGCAACAAGUUGUGAUGGUGUCGGAGCGGGUUCCAUUCAAUUGAGUAGAGAUAAUUUUAUUCUUUGCGUUCUUUUGCACGAUCCACUAGCCAUUCGUGAAUCCUUAACGAAAUGAUAAAAUAAUGAAGUCCAGAACGCGGUUUGUGCGUGCCAAAAACGGAAUACAUGAAAAUUAAAUAUAAUCUAAAACAAUUUACUACUCUAACCAGUCGGGAACGUCGAAUCCAGGAUCAAAUCAAAUCAUACUUAAUACAGGAAGGAAAGCAAACUGUGCGGUGCUGUGUACGAUGUAGACUAAUAAUUAGUCGUUGACCGACAGAUGUGUGGACGAUAAGACAUACCAAACAUAUGCAUACCAGUUACACAAAAAUAACAUAAAAGCAGUAAAAGCAACUAAUCUAUAUCACCCAGGAGAGUGGCUAGGGGAGUAGAGGCAGAUAUUGGCUGACUGAAGGUCGAAAACCUUUUUAUGCAGAACUAACGGAACACAUUUCUUACUACUUAUAGAACAUUGGACGAUUGGAACUGAAAUAUUAAACAAGUCGAAAUUGAAAUAUAAAUAAUGUCAUGUAUCAAGAAGAGUCCACAAGUGAGGAUUAAAAGGAUCAAAUGAAAUGCACACACACACACUUUAAUACACAUGACAAACUAAACUAAUUUGGAUUGCCCGUUUCACCGACAAACAGCUACUAAAACUGCAGUUCUGGCAAAUAAUUCAUACGGUCACGGAAAUGCCGUUUUUUAAGUCAGUGUAUCAGUGUGUCAGUUUAGGGGGAAAUUGCUUUGAAAAUUGAAACCCGAAAGUCAGUUCUGUCGAUUAUUGGACUUGGAUAGUAUAUGA